UACCCCGCCCGCCGGCCCGUCUGACCUCUCCUAUCCAUCCCAAUUAACCAGAGAGUUUCGUUGUCAAUGGCUGGAAUUUAGGUCCCAGCAGCAGCCACGCACCUUCUUCCCUUCCCUGCCUCUCCUCCUACCUAACCCUCUCUCUCUCGACCUUCUUGCAGCAGCAGCAGCAACAGCAGCAGCAACAACAACAACGCUUGGAAACGAGCACUACUAGUAGCUCCAUCUCCCACACUCUUUUUAUUGCAUCCAUCAUCCCCCUCUUCCUUCCUCCACACCACACUAGCCAGCUAGUAGCUAACCUUCCUCUUCCUCCCUUCCUCAUCUCCUCGAUCGGAGCAGCACCUCGACGUCGUCACCACAAGCUCAACAAGCUUCUUCCACCUCUCAGUUCCUCUCACUCGAUCUCAUCCCUGCUUGCAGUUGCAGUAUACGUCGUCCUCGAUCAUCAACCCAAAAUGGGCUCGGAGACCAAGACCAUCACCUUUGAAGGCAUCCCGUUCCCCGCAGAGAUCACCGCCGCCGGCAACCCUCUCUCCCUCCUAGCCACCGGCAUCACGGACAUCGAGAUCCACUUCUUGCAGAUCAAGUACAACGCGAUCGGAGUCUACCUCCACAGCAACGACGACUCCGACCUCCUAACAACCCACCUGGGCGCAUGGAAGGGCAAGACGGCAGAGGACCUCCUCGCCGACGCGGCCUUCUGGUCGGCGCUCGUCUCAUCCCCAGUCGAGAAGCUGCUCCGCGUGGUGGUCAUCAAGGAGAUCAAGGGCUCGCAGUACGGCGUGCAGCUGGAGAGCUCCGUCCGGGACCGCCUCGCCGCCGUCGACCUCUACGAGGACGACGAGGAAGAGGCGCUCGAGAAGGUCGCCGAGUUCUUCCAGGCCAAGUACUUCAAGCCUGGCUCCGUCAUCACUUUCCAUUUUCCGGCGACGCCGGGCCCCGCCGACAUCACCUUCGUCACGGAGGGGAAAGCGGAUGCGAAGAUCACGGUGGAGAACGAGCACGUCGCCGGGAUGAUCCAGAAGUGGUACCUUGGCGGCGACAACGCCGUGUCUCCCACCACCGUCCGUAGCCUCGCCGACCGUUUCGCCGCGCUCCUCGCCGCGUGAUAUGCUCUGCCCCUUUUCCGAUCCGGCUGAUGGAAUCGCAGUGCGUUGAGUUCUUGAAUGUGGCCGUACGUCCUGUAGUACGUGGUGUCUCUGUCUCGUGUGUCGUUUGAUUUGCAGCAAAUUUGCAAGUAAUAAUAACUAAGGCUGGUUUUGAUUCAUUUUGAACGAACUCAUGCUCUACACUCCUGAAUAAACGCUUUUCAUCACUUUGCC